CGUAACCUAACCUUAAAAUUUCUCCUUCGUCCUCCGAAAUGCUGGAUUGUUGAAGCUUAAGGGAAAUCCCUUUCCGGCGAAAACUCCUCUUUCCGUCGAAUCGAAAACCUGAUCAGUUUCUGAUCCAGGGAUUUGCAUGUCGAUUUGUUUUUUUCUAAUUCUUCAAUUUGGCACUUCAAAAUUUGCAACUUUUUAGUCUCAGAAAACGAGAUGCACAAGCAUUUACCCGCUGCACAAAACAUUGAUUGUUUCAAUUCUGCUGAAUUUUGCUAAAGUACCUGAAAUUGCUUCUCAUUGCUGCAUUCUCAUUAGAGUUGGGCUCAAAUGGCAAGCUAUUCAGCAAAGGGAGUUCCAACAAAUGGGUCUGUAUAUGUUUGUAAUUUACCACCUGGUACAAAUGAAGAUAUGUUAGCUGAAUUUUUUGGCACAAUUGGGGUGCUAAAGAAGGACAAACGAACUGGCCGACCCAAGAUAUGGUUAUACCAUGACAAAGUAACAAAUGAGCCCAAGGGGGAUGCAACGGUCACAUAUGAGGACCCACAUGCAGCAUUAGCUGCUGUUGAUUGGUUCAACAACAAGGAUUUUCAUGGGUCAAUUAUUGGAGUCUUUAUUGCAGAGUCAAAGAGCAAAGAUGAGCCCUCGUAUAACUCAGGUAGUCAUGCUGGAGACACCAAUCUGGAUAGUGGAUUUGCUGGCCUGGAAGAAGGUUCUAGGGAUAUAAAUGGAGCGGGUGGACGUGGUAGAGGCAGGGGAGAUUCUUCCGGGAAGGGAUGGCAACAAGAAGGGGACUGGAUGUGUCCAAAUACAAGCUGCUCUAAUGUGAACUUUGCAUUCCGUGGUGUUUGCAACCGUUGUGGAACUGCUCGACCUGUUGGUGUUUCUGGCGGUAGUGCUGGGUCUGGUGGGCGUGGUAGGGGCCGUGGUAACAAUGACCCUGGUGCCCCUGGUCGUGCAGUUGGUGGUCCUCCCGGUCUCUUUGGUCCAAAUGAUUGGCCUUGUCCCAUGUGUGGCAACAUCAAUUGGGCUAAGCGCUUGAAAUGUAACAUCUGCAACACCAACAAGCCUGGUCACAAUGAGGGUGGUGUGAGAGGGGGUCGUGGGGGAGGCUAUAAAGAACUUGAUGAGGAAGAGUUAGAAGAAACUAAGCGACGUCGACGAGAGGCUGAAGAAGAUGAUGGUGAAAUGUAUGAUGAGUUUGGAAAUCUUAAGAAGAAAUUUCGUGCCAAAGCACAACAAGCUGAAGCUGCUCAGAGUCUCCCUGGUGUUGGGCGCGCAGGAUGGGAGGUGGAGGAAUUAGGCAUGUCUGAUCGAGAUAGAAAGGAAAGAAGUAGAGACAGAGGAAGGGAUCGAGAUGAGAGGGAGAGGCAUAGGAGCAGAAGCCGAGAUCGAGAUAGGGGAAGAGACAGAGACAGGUCCUAUGACUAUGAUCGGGACAGAGAUUAUGGACGAGAACGUGACCGUGACAGGGACCGCAAUAGGUAUCGUUAGUGGAGCUGGCAAAUAAUGCACCUAUCCUAUUACACAGCGGUUCAUUUGACGUAUGGGAUUGUUUAGGUAGUUCAUUUGGGAACAUAAUUGAACUUGAGCUCGUGUUUUUGUAGGUUUCCAAUCCUGUCCUUUUCCUUCUGUGCUGAACUUUAUUCUCUUGUGGUUGUGCUAGUCAUCACUUUUUAACACUUUCUUGUAUUGGUUGUCUCUUCUAUAUGAAACUUUUGUAGUACUGUUUUCCUUUAA